UUUCUCUCUCUCUCUCUCUCUCUCUCUCUCUACCCAUUUUUUAUUCUCCCUCAAAAUUCGGAUUAGGUUCUUGGAUCAAUCUCAGUUCACUGCAACACAACCAAAGCAGUUAAUCCCUGUCUCUGGAUUCUGGGUUUUCAGUUGUGAUUAGUUGGGGUAAGUUUUUUCGAUGGAGGCUGUAAAAAUUGGGAGGAAGGAGGAAAAAGAAGAGGAGGGUGGUGCUAGCUCAACUGAGGUGGUGAGGUGGGGGAGCUAUCUUCCCACAACCGUGCUUAGGGUUCUUUUGGUUGAAGCUGAUGACUCUACUCGUCAGAUUAUCACUGCCCUUCUUCGGAAAUGUAAUUACAGAGUUGUUUCGGUUUCUGAUGGAUUGAGGGCGUGGGAGACGAUUAAGGUGAAGCAUAAUAAGAUUGACCUUAUUCUGACUGAGGCAGAGUUGCCAUCUAUAUCUGGAUUUGCGCUUCUUACUUUGGUUAUGGAGCAUGAUAUCUGCAGGCACAUACCUGUUAUAAUGAUGUCGUCUCAAGAUUCAGUGAACAUGGUUUUGAAGUGCAUGCAAAAAGGGGCAGCAGACUAUUUGAUUAAGCCGGUGAGGAAGAAUGAGUUGAGGAACCUUUGGCAACAUGUGUGGAGAAAGCAGGCUCUACUGAGCGGACAAGCUCCUCAGAACUUAACAGUUUCUCGACAAAAAGUUGAAGCCACUUCGGAAAAUAAUGCAACAAGUAAUCAUUCAAAUGAUUGUGCAGCUGAUGUGCUCGAAAAUAAGGGAUUCUGUGAGAAAGCCAUUGAUGUCCAAAACUCCUGUACAACUCCUUACUUGGAAGCUAAUAGUGCAUGCAUUGAAACUAUGCAGGAUUUUUCACAGCUUAAGUAUGACAGUGCUUCUAAUUUGAGCAAUAUAGAUAUCGAAAUGCUUGAAGACUGUGAUAGAUUGGACAAUGAAUCAGUUGUGCAUGAGAAUGAAACUAAAGAGAAUUCAGGUACAUUUGGGUCUGAUAUUGCACCUUUGGAUGAAGCACUUAAUGCAGUUUCCUCAAGACUGAGAGAGAAACAUGUGUCUGUUAAACCAAUGGUUCGAGAUGAAGAUGUCCAAGCAGAAAUUGGUGAAGGAAAGUCUAAAUCCGCUAGUGGAACUCCCGGCUGCAAUUAUGAACCAGUUGAACCCUAUAGUGGGGUCAGGGACUUGCUUUGCACCUUUGACAAUUGGCCGAACUGCAAUGUUGGAAGUUCAAAGAACAAAUAUGAUGGUAUGAAGCACUUUGGGUUAGAACUAUCUUUAAGAAGUUUGGAUAGCUCACACAAGGAAGUGAAUGAGGAGAGGCCUGCACUGAACCAUUCUGAUGCCUCUGCCUUUUCACGGUAUAAUCAUAGCAAGGGACUGCAAUCUCUUUUCUCAACACUUUCCGGUAAAGAUUCAAAGGAUGCAAGCAAUUCGUAUGAUAGACAGGUCAAUCUAGAAAACCUUGUUGAUGGUCAAACUGAGCAAGCUGAUUCAUCCAUCCAAGGCCCUCAAGUUGGGGUGUUUCCUGUCACCGGUGUGAGGUCAGAUAAUAUGAAUGCUGGAUACAGUCAGUACUUCCCAUCCUUGUUUCCUGGACAAUCCGAUUUGACGCCUAAGUUCGGUACCAAAUCAGUUGGCCUGAGCACACAAUCUCCCUUUGACGCAGAACAAUGUUAUGACCGGUCUGAUAAAACUACUGACAUAUAUAUUGAGCAAAUCCUGCAUGAGCAGAAGAAACCAGAGAAUGUGGAGAAACCAAGCUCUCCUGCUACUUCUCAGAGUGGUUGUAGUAGCUUAGGAAAUGGUACCGUUGAUAAUCAUAAAAGUGGCAGUACAUAUGGAAGCAUUUGCGGUAGCAAUGAUGUUAAGACCAGUUUGGCUGUACCAGGUGAGAUGGCCACAGGUUCCAAGAGUUUGAACAGCAGUAGUUGUUAUGACGGUCUUGGACCGGAUUCUCUUCGUUCCAGCCAAAGGGAAGCAGCUCUGACCAAGUUCCGACUGAAGCGGAAAGAUAGAUGCUUUGAGAAGAAGGUUCGAUACCAAAGCCGGAAAAUACUGGCAGAGAAGCGGCCGAGAGUGAAAGGUCAAUUCGUGCAUAGAGCUCCUACUAAUUCGCCAACUGCCAAUGCUGUUGGUUCGUGAUACCAAGUUCACACAUCUUCCUGUCAAGGUCUUCAUCUCAGGUUGUGCGGUGAGGGAUUCUUUGUAUUUAAAGCUUUUGUAACGAGUAGAAUGACACUCACGGCGAGUGCUGAAGUCCCCGGCAUUGCUAUUGAUUUUGAGUCCUUUUAACACUACUUUGGUUUUAGGAAUGAGGUAGUGCUGUAAUUAUGUAGGUAGUGCUAUCUGAGAAAAGUUUCAGUGUCACCUGUACUACACAGUGAGUUCUCUAUAUAUUUAGAUGAGUGAUUGUAGUCAGAGAAGUUUGAUUGGUAUAGUUAUUUGCUUGAAUGGGUUUGCUUUAUUCUAGCAACUGGGACUUGGAUUUGGAUUUAUCGUGAAAAAUGUGUUGGAUCUUUAGUUUGGCCAUAAAGAAAAUAGUACAAAUGCGCGCAUGGAAGGUCAGCAUUUGCUUUUAUUGAGCAUGGAUACUUGUGUGUAAAGGUUGGGAUCUGACGAAGCAGAAAGCCAACAGAGACCAAGCAAGUGUUAAAGGCAAGAAAGAGCCACCUUCCAGUCCAUGCAGAUACAGUUGCUUCCAUUAUAGAGAACUUAUCCAUGUUUGGAUAAAGAAGCAGUACGUAAGCUACAACUAGUGCUUAAGCUGGCGCUUUGCUUGCUCUUUCUCCAGAGAGAUACAGAAGCUUCACUUCUUCCAACCUCCUCUCCAAUACAUUUCCAUUGGGAAAUGGUAGACAUGACUGUGUAUUACUGUAUUAGCAAAACCAUUCGGC